AUGGGCACCGUCAAUUGCCUUGCGUUCGAAAUGGCAAAAGACAGUGGCAUUGUCGAUUCCAUUCAAAGGUACACCGUAAACGAGAGACAGUCCGUGCUGUGGCAGAGACGACGAGAGGAGUACAUCAAGCGAGGUAGAAACAAUGUUGCAAAGUCUGUCCGAAUCAUUGCCGAGUUAAAACAAGACUAUGUUCAAUGGAACGAAGUAACCAAGAUCUUGCUGUCUGCACUAGAACAAAAGACAAGUGUGUAUUUAUCAACCGACAACGAGAAGGAGAAAAAAGAAACUGAGAAGCUCCUCGCUGAGCGCCAGCGUGAGAGAGAUAGGAUACAACAAAGAAUAAUAGCCCAGACAGAAGCCACUCAGCACCUCAAAUCGACAUGGGACAGCCUCACAAGGGGGUUUAUCGUUGUGAGGGGCGUUCCGGUUUUGAUUAAUGCUGCUUUGUCGGCCGGCCUUCCGGGUAGAAUGGACUAUCUCCAAGAGAAUAUCAAGGUGCUGGACGACAGAGUUAACGAGCUUCACGACGAGAUUGGGUCUACUAUUGGUAUGAAGGAGCUCUUGGCAGAAACCCUCCAAGACCUCAGCAACCUGCAGAAGCAGGUUGAACACUUUAUGGAUUUUUUGAUCGGCAUCCAAAGGGUGAUGGACAAUAUCCAAGACGAACAAGGUCUGUAUCUGAUGGAAGGCAUGACACCCCAAGAUCAAGACGAAAUCAGACAAGACCACGAGACGAGACGAGAUUAUGCCAAUGACGGCGAGCUGAUGAAAUCAAAAUUUAUGACUGCAUACAAGGCAACGACUCUGUACAACGAGGUUUCAAACACCUACAUUCAUCCAGGAGUUUCUUGGUUGACUGGUCUGUGUUUUGACGACACUGAAGCCGACUUCAAGAAAGGUAUUCUUGAAAUCGAAGAAAAACGGAACGAGCUUUGCGGGGGAGCCGAGAAGUUGGUUGAUCGGCGUAUCAACGAAAUUAGAAUCGAGUUGAAAGUGGUUGAUCCGGCUCCAUCUGCAAAGGAGACGGACGAUCAUGUCGAAGAGGAUGAUCAAACUCUACAAGACUGUUAUUAG